AUGGUCUCCCUCGCUCCCUUUGUCCUGAAGCGGCCUUGGCUGACCAAGAUGCUGACGCCCGCCGCCAAUUGGUACGCCAACGCUGCCGGAUACCGCCAGCUCGGUCUGAGAUACGACGACCUCCUCGAGGAGGAAAACGAAGCCGUCCAGAUCGCCCUCCAGCGCCUUUCUCCCAAGGAGGCCUACGAGCGCGUCUACCGCAUCCGCCGCUCUGUCCAGUGCAGCACCAUCCACAAGCUCCUCCCCAAGGACCAGUGGACCAAGCCCGAGGAGGACGUCCCCUACCUGCGAACCAUCCUGCAACAGGUCGAGGCCGAGCUCGCCGAAAAGGAUGCCCUCGACUCCAUGACCGUCAUCAAGAAGCACUAAAUCAAACGAAAAAAGAAAAUCUACCCACACAUUCAGAAAAUGAUGGAAUGAAACGCGCGAUACUGGGGCUCGGGGCGGGCAGCAGGCAGGAUCAAUCGGCGGCGGCGGCGGCGGCGAAGUGGAAUGUUUAUUGCUCAACGGCCUACACAGGUCCCUUGUAUUAAAAAGAAAGAAAAAAG